UCUGUAGACUGUUAAAUAUUUCUAACUAGUAUCAGUUUUCAUACAAAUGGGAAUACAGGUUAUUGAUUUCGUGGUGUUUCUGUUUUGUGUUUUGUCUAUAAGUUGCUGUAAAAAUGGAUGGACACAAUAUGGAAGUAAGUGUUACUUCUUCAGUCACCAAGUCGAGUCAUGGACGGAUGCAAUGUCCGUUUGUCGUGUGUUUGAUUCAAAGCUAGCUGAGCCGAUGACUUCAUCGGAAUCUCAUUAUUUGAUCAGUCAUAGUCAGCAUGUUGGAGGAAAUUUUUGGAUUGGCAUAUCAGAUAUAAUUGAUGAAGACAGAUGGGUAUACUCAACCGGACAAAUACCGAUAAAAGUUAAUCAUUUUCAACCGGGAGAACCCAAUGCACAUACUUCAGGAAAUUGUGUAGCAUUAUGGGCUGGUUACCAUGGAUACUGGGCAGAUGAGGACUGUCUUGCAAGACGGCAGUUUAUUUGUGAGACAAACAACGAAUCUUCAGAGUCACAAGUUAUUGGUUGAUAAUUAUAUGCUGGUAUACAUAAAGAUGCAGAUUAUUUAAUUUAAACAUUAUGCCUGCAUUUUACAUUGGUUUCCUCAUCUUUGCUAGCCAAAAGU